ACCCCGCAGACGGUAUUCAGUGAAUGUGUGUGUGCGUAUAAAAAAAAUCCAAAGGAGAUUUGACAGCAACUAUUGACCCACUGCAAGGAAAGACAAAAUGGUUUCUCUAUUUAUAAUCGGAAUUACUACUUUUUCUGUGUUCUUCUCAGGAGUGUCUUCAGAAUGUAACAUAGGAGAGAUGUCCAAAUGUUUUGCGGGGGUUGAUAUGUCAAAUAUGGGAUCAUUGGAUUCAUUGUCAGCUCAAGAUUUACAGGCCUUGUGCGCAUCGAUUAGAGGGGUGAAAAGCUGUAUUGAGCCAUACAAAAGUACCUGCGCAUCAGAUUCAACCUUUCAGUCGAUGAUGAGCGGUAUAUCUAUGGCUGAUAGUUAUUGCGGAGAUUCUGGCUGCAAUUUAUUGAAAUGCUACUCUGAUGCCGGAAUAAAAAUGGAUAAUGAUGGAGGUGACUCACCACCAAACAUAAGCUGUGGGGUAUAUAGGACAUUCAAAACCUGUGUAGAAAGCCAGGAAAAGGGCUGUCAGCAGAACCCAGCUUACUCUGAUCUUCAGAAUGCUCUGAAGCAAACGGAAAAAGAGUGUGGCUCAUCAGGUGGCAGACUCUCAGCUACCCCGGCCUUAUGGAUGGUUUUCUCAGCCGCAAUGAUGGUGUUAGCGGCCAUUUUUCCAUAAACCAACAAUUUAGGUACUCAUUGCUUAGUAGACAUCAUUCAUUCCAGGUGUGAAUUAUUGGAAACAACAGAAAGGAGACAAGAUCAAAAUUUUAUCCAGAGUUAUGCGCCUUCAUUGCUAAGUGACUUAUUUUUCGAAAAUACAUGUGUGAUUUUUAUUU